UUGAUAGUAAGUUAGAGCAAAGUACAAAAAACCCUAAUCAAAACCAAAACGUCCCAAAGAGAGAGGGCACGUCGUUGAACAAAAACCAAAACAGGAUGAUGAAGAAGAAGAAGUCAUCAUCAGAGUCUCUUCCUCCGUCGUUUUUGUCGUUACCGUACGACAUCGUCUUCAACACUCUGGCUAGGAUCUCUCGGACCAAUUAUCCAAUCCUGUCUCUUGUCUCCAAGAGAUUCCGUUCACUCUUGGCUUCGCCUGACCUCGAGGCCGCACGAUCACUCGUCGGAAGACCCGAGAAGUACCUCCACGUCUGCUUAAACCUCAAUAACAACAACAACAACCUAAACCCUAACCCUAGCUGGUUCAUACUUUCCCAACAUAAGUUGAUACCAACCCCUUCGUUUCCUUACCGACAUCUCAACUCCUCGAGCGUUGUCUCAACUGACUCGGAGACUUACGUAAUCGGCGGAGGACUCGUGGUGAACGGAAGCAAGAAAAGAAGCAAAAGAGUGUUUAGAAUCGAUUUUAAAACCCAUCAGUGGAGUGAACUCCCCAACAUGCGUCUUCCUCGAAAAGAAGCAGUCGUUGAGGUGAUGGACGGUAAGAUAUUUGUGAUUGGAGGCUGCAGCGGCAAGUACUCUACCAAAGACGAGAAUUACGGAGAGGUUUACGACCCAAAUACACAAACUUGGGAGCCCACAAGUGCCACAACACUCGAUCUACCCAAUCACACCAAACAACAACAUGACACGAGGUCCACCAGGCCGUCCUCGGUAGAGACAGAGAAUAAUUUGUGGUUGGGAGCAAUAGUUCGCAAUGGUGAACUACGCUGCGGUGUCUGGUUUCGGUGGAGUAAAGUUGUGGGACUUGAAGCUAUAUCCUCUAAUUAUCUUAUUUCGGUGACGAACUCUUGCCACGACAAGAGUGUUGUAGUUUGGUGGAAGACUAAUUAUGCCGAGGAGUGUAAAACUGAGAUUUGGUGUGCACAGAUUUUGAUUGAGAUCUGCGAUCCCAUGAAGGUUCGAGGAUUCAUAGAGUGGUCUCAGAGUGUGUUUACCUUCCAGGGAUGUCAUGAUUCUGAUGAACUCCUUUUGCACUCUGCUUUAGUAACUCAUGAGUUUUGAGUGUAUGUUGGUUUCUAUGGAUUUAUUUAGUGAUUUAAAUUCUAACAAAAGAUAUAAUUUGCUUCAUGAUAAGGAUUGGAACAACUUUUCCAAGAGUAUACAUUACAUCCUUGCAUCUUGCAGUAAGAGACUAAUAGUAUGUCAUAAAUUUGCAAA